CUUAUAUUUGAUUUUGAGCUGCUUUGUACAACAGGAAGGGGAAAUGCAAGUCUAAUCGUAUUUUUCAUAAUCUUUGUAUCUUCUCUUUACGUUUGAGAGAAGAAACAAACAUUAUGCCGAAGUGGAAGGUGAUUGCGAUACCGCUGGCAGUGAUUUGCGCCGUUGUACCACUUUCCUAUGCUUAUGACGUCAUCGAUAUGACAUCUGCUGAAGAAAUGACUGAGGAGUUUAUCAAUAAGCUUCCCCGAUUAGCAUGUUCGGAACCUUCUUCAGAUAUGUGUGGGCAUUUUAAUAAAACAGGCAAAAUUCGUGAUCCGGAGUUGGGACGAUACUGGCUUAACUAUUAUGUGAACACUGCAUACGUGGAGGCCAAGUACAGGAAUGUUCAAGGCUCGUGGAACUAUGAAACAAAUAUUACGAAAGGAAAUGCAAAAGAAAUGCAUCGCAUUGGAGGCAUUGUUGGCUCUUUGAUGGCAGUUGUUAAGGCUCAAACGGAAAUGUUGGACCCAACCGAUCUUGAUGAGAUAAGUAAGAGGAUCAUAUCAUUCAUGAUGGAUGGUGGAUUUUAUUCGACGGAUGAACAUGCUCGGGAAGCAAGUGCGGUCCAGGAUAAAAUGACUACCAUUUUUGCAACAGGAAAAGUUUGUCGAGAGAGAAAGCUGCCAAAUAAGAAACGAUCGGAGAUAUGUAUGCACAUGGAACCAGGCCUUCAGCACUUGAUGAGCAUAUCACGUGAUUAUAACGAGCUGCUAUGGGCGUGGAAAGGAUGGCACGACGCAGUCGGACCGAAGAUUGGAAAGCUAUAUCCUACUUAUGUUUCACUGUCAAACGAAGCUGCUAGGAAUGGGGGUUAUGAAGAUUAUGGUGGCGAACUCCGGAGUACAUAUGAGGACCCCAAUUUUAUUGAGGAGAUCGACGCCCUUUGGAACACAGUCAAACCUAUGUACCUUCAGAUCCAUGCAUUUACGAGAAGGAGACUGGUGGAAACAUAUGGAGCGGACAAGGUGAACCCAACAGGACCAAUACCAGCUCAUCUUCUUGGUAACAUGUGGGCUCAAAAAUGGGGUCAAAUUUAUGAUCUCUUGACUCCCUACCCUGGCCAUGGAGUCGUAGAUGUCACAGAGGAAAUGCAGAAACAGAAAUGGACCGUUAACAAAAUGUUCCAUGCUGCAAACGAUUUUUUCAAAUCUCUUGGAUGGAGGUCGAUGCCGGAAGCAUUCUGGGAGAAAUCUUUGUUAGAGAGACCACAUGAUAGACAAGUAGAAUGCCACGGAUCUGCUUUUGAUUUCUACAAAAACAGAGAAGUCAGGAUUAAGAUGUGUACAGAGAUAACGAUGGAGGACCUUUACACUGCUCACCAUGAGAUGGGUCAUUGUCAAUAUUUCCUGCAUUACCGUCAUCAGCACGCUGAGCUGAGAGGAGGCGCCAAUCCGGGGUUCCAUGAAGCAGUAGGAGAUACCAUUGCCCUCUCAGUUGUUACCCCUGACUAUCUUCAUCAUCUAGGUCUUCUAGCAACUGAUGAGGUUGAUGAGGAAUUGCAGAUCAAUUAUCUGAUGAGAGUUGCUCUUGAUAAGAUAUCAUUUUUACCUUUUGGUCUUCUGAUCGACAAGUGGCGUUGGAAGGUGUUUAGUGGUGAGAUAAAACCUGACGAUUAUAACACUGCAUGGUGGGAAAUGAGACGGUAUUAUCAGGGAUUAGAGAGCCCUAUAGAGCGCAAACAAACUGAUUUUGAUCCUGGAGCAAAAUAUCAUAUACCAUCAGGAACACCGUACAUUAGGUAUUUCGUGAGCUUCAUCAUUCAGUUUCAGUUUCAGCAGAAGUUGUGUGAGAUUUCAAAUAGUACUAAACCUCUACAUCUAUGUAACACCUAUAACUCCAAGGAGGCUGGUCAGAAAUUCGGAUCAAUGCUGAAGAUGGGUAUGAGUAAACCAUGGCAAGAUGCAAUGGAAGAAUUGACAGGCCAGAGACGAAUGGAUGCUAGCGCCAUCAUCGAAUACUUCCAGCCACUCAUCAAAUGGCUUACGGAGGAAAAUGAAAAGAAUAAUGAAAAGAUUGGAUGGGAUUUAGGCUUGUCGACCAUAGACCAAUCGGAGAAUGACCAAGAACACGGUAGUAACUACAAUGAGACACAGUUUGACAUAUUCCUGGAAGAGUUCAACCAGAGAGCGAUGGAAGUCUAUUCGUAUUCUAUAGAAAAAUCAUGGAUAUAUAACACCAACAUCACGGAAUAUAACAGACAACAGAUGAUUGAGGCGAGUGUUAUUACAGGCAGUUUUUCGAACCAUAUGAGAAAGCGAGCGCUUGUCUUCAACGAUACCAAUUUCACUGACACAAAUCAACGGCACUACAGGCGACUCAUCUAUGUUGGAAAUGCCGCUCUUAAAAACGUGUCUGAGAUGGAAGAAGGUGCAAACUUAGUUGCUCGAAUGAAAGGACGAUAUUCAACGGGUAAGGUGUGUAAGGAGGACGGAACGUGUUACAAUCUGAAUCCGGGACUGUCAAAGAUCAUGGCAUCUUCAAGAAACUACAGUGAGUUGCUAUGGGCUUGGGAUUCAUGGCGUGCUGCAGUCGGACCUGCGAACCGCCAGGAUUUUGUGAGGUACGUCGUCCUGAAGAACAAAGUAGCCGUUGCAAAUGGGGAGGCGAAUGCUGCCACCUACUGGCAAUCAGCUUACGGAAAUGAAACCUUCCCUGCGAUGGUGGAAGAACUUUACCAGCAGUUAAGGCCACUUUAUGAACAACUCCAUGCCUAUGUAAGGAGAAAGUUGUAUGGCGUCUACGGACCAAAAUACAUAAACCUUCGAGGACCUAUCCCAGCACACAUCGUAGGAAACAUGUGGGCGCAGACAUGGGGUGGAUUAUACGAUAUAUGUAAACCCUUCCCAAACAAGGCACGAGUUGAUGUUACGAAGAGUAUGGUGGAAAAGAAUUACACCACCAGUAAGAUGUUUGAAAUGGCGAAUGAGUUCUUCACUUCCCUUGGUUUGAUCUCUGUACCUACAUCAUUCUGGAAUGAUUCCAUGUUUGUACGUCCUACAGAUGGAAGGAGUGUUAACUGUCACCCGUCUGCAUGGGAUUUCUACAACCAAGUCGAUUUCAGAAUCAAGAUGUGCACAAGUAUAACAGUGGAAGACCUGAAUACGAUACACCAUGAACUAGGACACAUCCAGUACUACUUGCAAUAUAAAGACCAGCAUGUUCACUUCCGGGGAGGUGCCAAUCCCGCUUUUCACGAGGCCGUCGGGGACGUCAUGUCGCUUUCGGUCGCAACACCCCGACAUCUAUAUACCAUUGGUCUAUUGGACGAAAUUGAAUAUGACGAAGAGGCUGAUCUGAAUCACUUGAUGAAGGUUGCUCUAACUAAAAUAGCUUUCUUACCUUUUGGAUACCUGAUGGAUCAAUGGAGAUGGAGUGUAUUUGACGGGACCACACCUCCAUCCAUAUACAACCAAGAAUGGUGGAAACUAAGGCUGAAGUAUCAGGGAAUUAUUCCACCUAAUGAGCGUAGUGAAGAUGAUUUUGACCCCGCUGCCAAGUACCACAUAUCGGCUGGUGUCCCUUAUAUCAGAUAUUUCGUCAGUUUCUUUGUCCAGUUCCAAUUUCAUGAUGCUUUGUGUAAAGCUGCUGGUCACGAUGGUCCGUUAAACCGAUGUGACAUCUAUAGGUCAAGAGAAGCAGGGGCACUUCUGUCAAAUAUGUUAAGUAAAGGUUCUAGCCAUUCAUGGAAUGAGGCCCUGGAAGCCAUGACGGGUAGUAAAGAGAUGAACGCAACUGCACUGGUCUCUUACUUUCAACCUUUGAUGGAAUACUUGAGAAUAGAGAAUGAAAGGAACAACGAGACCCUAGGUUGGCCCGAGAUAUACACCCCUUUUGAUCCUUCUUGUGGAGUUAGAAUUGGAACCAUGUCCCCAUCUACAUUUAUCCUGGUACUAUCAUCAUCAGUUCUUUGGACACGACUUCACUACUUGUAGUUACCCUUCGCGCAUUUUUAAGGACAAGUCCACCCCACCAAAAGGUUGGUUUGAAUAAAAAGAGAAAAAAAAUCAAA